UGCAUGCUUCUUGAAAGGUUUCGCUUACGAGCUGGAAGGAUCACUGCUCCACCCUGCAUCGAACGAUCUUGACUUACUAGAUAUCGCUCCAAGUGAUGACUGCAAAUUUGACUCUCUUUCUGACCCCACGGGGAAAGCAGAGAAACCCUAUCACCAUCUUUCGCCUGAUGAGCAUGAGUCGAGAUCACGACCCAAAAGUCAGUCUGGUUCUUGAAGUGACAGGUCCCAAAAGAUGCAGGUCACAAUAGUACCGGCGCAGCUUGAAGAUCCGGAUCGUGCGCAGGCAGGUAGCAGGCGUGAUCUAAGGUUGUGAAUGAAGUUCGAUUGUGCAACCGUGUGCGCCGUCAAGAAGAUACAAAACAAGGAGAAAACUCGACGCGCGGCAGUUUCGCCGAGAAUUAGAAAGACCGGCAUCUAGUUGGUAGCACAGCGUCCCGCACUUUUUUCGGCGACUUGAAUACGGUUACCAAGGACUUCCAGUUAUUUCACGAAGAUGCAACAGUAGCAACUGGUGUCUAGGGGGCUGCGCAUGCACCUUGUCUACGCAGUGUGUUCGCCUCGCUCCGGCCCUGAAUUGGCUGGUACUUUGCAACGAGAUUUGGGGACGCUGUGCGACGAGCAAGUAGACCACGCUCAGCAUCGAGAUUGAUUCUUCGUUCUUCAGUCGUGUAUCUAACCUCAUGUGAGAGUGCCCAAAAGACUCGGGUCUCAGUGUUUGGCAUUUCGACGAAAAGCAAAUGUCUGUAUCACUAUCGCCCACUUCCUAUCCGACUACUAGCGCUAUAGUCAGAGCAGGUGGCGGUUGGGGUUGCACUCUGUGUUUGUGAUUUCUAUCGAGAUUUGGUGGAAGUAGCGAGCGAGCGAUUUCCUGGGAGAGUUGUACUCUGUCUUGUACAUCGCUUUUUCCUCUCAUUUUUCCAUUAAUAGAUCAGAUGAGAUGGCUACGCCCUGACGACCGCACACUUUGCAGAGAGCAUAGGCAGCAAGAAGAGUAACACAAUGCUGGCAAAGUGAUAAUGAGUGCCUUCCAUGUUGCAUGCGAGAAGCCACUUCUAACUGGCGCCAUCGUGGUAAUUGAGAAGGGGAAAUAGAAGACCCGCCUUGAUCCAAUUCUGCAGCCGUGGGAUCCCGAAGAUCAUGCCUACUGUAAGACAUUAGUGAAUCCAGCGUCUUUCUGAAGAAAACGAUGCGGUAUCUGAGGGGAGGAGGUGCGACUUCGACGAUGUCCCGUAUGGGAAUGGGGUUACGAGCGGUCUAUGGUCAUGGUGGGAGUUCUUCGAGUUCAUCUAUACAGGCGUUUUCGCAUCGGAAACGCGAACUGGGCGGCCCUGGUGUCGCGCAGAGCCGAAGAUGGGGACCGGGAGGGCUGUGGUGCACCGGUGGAUUGAGUGUAAGAAGAGCCGGCGUUACGCGACGUAUUGGACCUGUGGAAGGCACGUCUGAGGAGGGAAAGGGAAUAACGCAAGUGCCAUGCUCGCCAGCAGAUCGAGAGGCGUUGCUGAGUCUGACAUCGUCGCUGCUGGACCGCGAGCCGUUCCUGGCGCGAGCUCUCGUAGCUGAACUGGAAAAGACUUUGAGCCGUCUGCCUUCGUCCAGGUCGGCACCGGGAGGCUUAGGCGGUCGCACGGUCGUUGGUAGUGCACAGAAAACGUCUGGAAAUGAGGGAAGGGAGGUGUUCUCUCACCAGGAAGACACGGCGAGCAAUGCGAAAAGCAGCAGCAGCAGCAGUGCUGGCUUAGGGCCUGCAGUCUCCCCAGUAGGAGGAGAGGACUCGUCUCAAAACAAGGUCUGGAGUGCACGCAGUGCGCUGGCAGCUAAGACGCAGGUCGAGCAGGCUACAUUUGCGCGCAGCUUUGGUGGUGGGAAGACGAACUUCUUUGCCUUCUUGAGCCAGCGCGAUAAAACGCGGAUUCUACAACUUUGUCGUGAAAGUCUGAGCAUCAAAGUAGAUGAGGAUAUUCUCCAAGGGGAUCGCGGAAAGACGGCUUUUUUUGCCGCCUUGCCUGGUGAGGCCAAGUUCAAGGCGCUAAUGGCAUGGCGAAGGGAAAAGGAACGGGAAUUCUUGAUGCAGCGCAGCAUCACAUCGGCGGGGCCACCUGGCCCGAUCAGUGCUGGAGACUUCGGCGGACUUUGGAACGGAGAGGAACAGAGGGAAACCAUGGGUGACGCAGACGACAUUGCGACAGCAGUCGUUCCAUCGAUUCCAAUCAGCGAAUUGCGGAAGCUUUUUUUUCUAAACGCAGGCCCAAUGGUGGGCUUCGGAUUUACAGACAACUUCCUUCUUUAUGCGUCGAGGAUUUGCAAUGUUGAACCUGCAUUGUUAUUGUAGUAUGCGAUUAAAAAAAAGUAUGGAGCAACAAGAGAAACAUCCUCCGGGAAUGUGGGCUUACUUAUAUAUAUUUAUUUUAUUUGUCGUUCAGCGCGUGAUUGAAAAUUUUGAAUGAAGCAAGAAGGCACUUUCUCCCUUCAUUUUGGGAUAAUUUUGGGUGCGAGUAUCGAAAACAGCUUCGGAAUGUACGUAUCUACGCUGGCUGCUGCUGGGCUGGGAAAUUUGUUUAGCAACAUCAUAGGGAUGGGGCUUGCAGAGUGGAUUGAAUACUUUGCGGAGAAAAUAGGGCUGCCACGACCGAAGAUGAGCCGCGCGCAGAAGCGCACUCAUCUGGCGCGAAUAACAGGGCUAGCAGGAACGAUUACCGGUCUGACCAUCGGGUGCUUGCUUGGUCUCGUGCCCGUCUUGUUUCUAGGAGAGAAGGAUGCCAGCAAUGGCUCAAGCACAGCGACAGAAGGCGACGAGGAGAAGAUGCAAUAGCAGGUUUUGAAGUUUCAGACAGUGAAGUCGGUGCAGAUAGAUGGAAACGAGCAAGUUAUGAGUUUUGGGGUGCAUAAUCCAGUCGGAGUAUGUGGAUGUGCUGGCAUGCAGAGAGAGUAACAGGACCUUAUGCACUCCUUUGCAUUUUGAUGAUCACAGUCACUCAGUGGAAUUUAAGAACGUCAAGAAUUGCGCGUGGUCCGAUCGGGAGGCGAGAAACGAGACGAGAAAAGGUCACUGCAGCAUAAAGUCUGUGAGUGUUGCCAAGACUAAAACUGAGUUCGCUGAGCAUUCCAGUCAUGGAUCAAUCAAUCAGGGUGCCGCUACAGGGCACUUUUUUUUUGUAGUCUGAGAACACCGAAAGGGUGAGCCCAGUGCUGUCCGGUGUACCUGCCGGCGGCGGGUGGAAUGCAUUAACCUCCUUAACCAACCUACCCGCAGCUGCGACUGCCGCACCUCUACGCCCGUAGACGAUAUGAGGGAAC